AAAAGUCCAUAUAAAGAUUGGGGGAAAAUACAUAAAUUCUGAGAACCACAUAAUGAAGGAAAGGAAGUGCAAGAAAAUAACUCCUAAAGAUUAUUGUGGGUGAUAUAUAGUAAUAGAAAAUCCCAUGUUUAACUUACUUUUUUUUUUUUUUUUUUUUUUUAGUUCAGGAGGAUCCUAAUUGAUACAGAGUGCACUUUAUUUUGAAAACAUUAAAUAUUGAAAAAUAUAACAAUUUAAUUAAUUUAAUACUUAAAAACUACAUUUUUAAAUGAAUGACUAACUGGCCACAAAAACAUAACUAGAUUGUAUUUUUCUUAACAUUGAGAUUCGUAGCCCCUUCGUUGGGUUUUGGUCGGUAAGAAACACCUUUAGCGCCCUCUGGCGACGUGAUAACGAAAAGCAUCGCCACACCUCAAAACAGAAAACGUCUCUUGCCAUUGGUUGUUGCAUGUCACGUGAUCUUUUUGAAGAUGGCGUCUCCAAAUGGAGGGGAGGAUUUUGAGAUUUCGUUGCUGAGUUUUGAGAAGCUGGAUAGAGCAUCGCCUGACCUGUGGCCAGAGCAGUUGCCUGGAGUCGCAGAGUUUGCAGCAACUUGCAAAAACCCUAUCGCCACCUCUCCUCCAAAAUGGAUGGCUGAGUUGGAGAGUGAGGACAUCGAAAUGUUGAAAGAACUGGGAAGUCUGACUACAGCCAAUCUGAUGGAGAAGGUCAAAGGACUUCAGAAUCUGGCUUACCAGCUGGGUUUAGAGGAGUCCCGAGAAAUGACCAGGGGAAAGUUCCUGAAUAUCCUGGAAAGACCCAAAAAGUGACAUGUUUUGUUCCAAAAAUGAUGUGUGGAUUAUAUUUUUAAAAAAAAUGUACAUUCAAAGUUCAGACUGUUCAAAAUCUAAAACCAGAGCUUCAAAAGCGGGAGCUGGGUCCUAUCCUCUAAAGCCUUUUACUUUCUGCUUAUCUGUGAUGUAAUUGUUCCUAUUUAUUAUUCUCUUUUAAAAAUUGAAUGCCUUUUUGCAGUUUAUGAUAUUGUAAAAUAAAGUUUUAAAUUACAAAAA